AUGACCGACAAUCGUAACCAGCACCGUAUUCGGCACACGGCGCUCGGCGUGGCGAGCGCAUACUUCGGCAAGACGCUCGACCUGCUGCUCCAGCGCGUCGUGGACUCGCUUCAGGCGCUGCCCGGUCUGGUGCUUGCGCUCACACUCAUGGCGGCUAUGGGGCCAUCGCUGACCGCCGUGAUAAUCGCCAUCACGACAGUGCGCAUUCCGGGCACGGUCAGGACGGUGCGCUCCGUGGCGCUCAGCGUCAAGUCUAGCCAGUACUCGGAGGCCGCGCGCGCCAUCGGCGCAAGCGACUGGCGCAUCAUGCUCUACCACAUAACGCCCAACUGCAUGGCGCCCGUCAUCGUGGUGGGGUCGGCUGUGCUGGGCGGUGCGAUUGUUACAGAAGCAAGCCUGAGCUUCCUCGGACUUGGGGUGCCGCCCAAUAUCCCCACAUGGGGCAACAUGCUGGGACAGUCGCAGGAGCGUUACAUCGCUGCGGGUCCGUGGACGAGUGUCUUCCCCGGCCUGGCGCUUACCAUCACCGCAUUCGGCAUCAACCUGUUAGGCGACGCCCUCCGCGACAUCCUCGACCCAAGACUCAGGGGCAGCAGGUAG